UUGUCCCACGUGCCUGAACAUUUUUUUUUGAAAACGUUCUGGAAACCAUAAUUUUCUUGAAAAGGGCAAAAUUAAUGGAGAUGAUAUAAGUGAAAAGAAAGAAGAAACCAAAUAGAUCCGGGGGAUAUAGGCUAUACGAAAUUUUAUACGAAGAAAAGAAGAAAGGAGAAAUGUUUCAGAAGAACAGGAGAAGAGAAGGCGAGCGAUUAUGGGUGGUUCCUUGGUUUUCGAGAGAGGAAUGGAUAGAGGUUUACAAAGCAACGUUUUCAGAUGAUGUUAAGAAAUGGAGACAUGCUUUUGGGACUAUGACAGUCUGGCAAUCCAGAUUGCAUGGAACACAUAUUGGUAUUGCUGUGACCAGGCAUCUUCUCCAGGCUAAGAUCCUCGAUUCUGACCCUACCGCUAGCAAAGAGCUGAAGUCUGGAGCAAAUGCCAUUGCCAUCACUAAAUUUGUCAGUACAAUUAUCAAAAUUCCUGCUGCACGCUACCACGAAGCCCAGUCACAGUCUUAUCUAGCAGAGAAGAUAGGUCUGCCAGUGUACUUGGUUGACCUGAGGAAUGAAGUAAACCAUGGCAGUAGGAGCUGGUUUGGAGGUCAGACUGUGCGCAUGGCAGUGGAGACAUGCUAUAAGUGGAUUAAGGAUUACUAUUGGGAUAAAGAGUAUGCCAAAUGCAAAAAGGAAAACAAAGCAGCAGAUACAAGUGUUGCUGACGCAUUUCAAUCUUCCGACACAGCCACAGAGACCGACAAAAUCACAACAGAUACCAACACUGACAAAGCCCCACCAGACACAGCAGAAGAACCAACCCUAAGCACUAUAAACACCCCUAAUAAAACAAAGCCAGCCACUCCCCAAGGACUCAGACCAUGGGAGUUUGCAGUGGAGCAACUUCGCGGCUACUGCAGAGAAAUUCUCGAAAAGCCAAGGCCAAUGUUUUCACUCUUAACAGAGGUUCUUCAUGCUAUACAGGAUAAAUAUGAAGAAAAUCCACAAGAGUGUAUAGACAAAUUGAUUUCCAUCAUGUUUCUGCCAUCAUAUGUUGAAAAUUUUGGAGCCAAAUUUGCAAAUGGUGAAAAUGAUAAGUGCAAAUGCUUCUUCAGGCACAUAGUGCUCCAAAGAUAUGUAUGUGUCAUGAAAAUAUUAAACCACUUCCCUGGAGCCAUGGACUUGCUCAUAUUUUCACUGUUGAAUAAGAGCAGUAGUGAGUUCCAGGAAAUAUCAUAUUACUGGGUCACUAUGCUAGUGGAAUCUGAGCUUGGCUAUUACUGUGAGGUGGACAGAUAUCACCAUUUCCAUUUCCCAUACACCAGUAUUACUCAGUGGAAAAGGCUUGCAGAGCAGCUUUUCCUGAUCGGAAGGGAAUGGAGCUACAAGUUAGGCUUAAGGAUCAUGGAAAGUCCAAAGUCCAACUUUACACAGGAGCAAAUAAAUGAAGUGAUCAGCCUGAUUAAGGCAUACAAGAUGAAGAGAACGGCUGCAAAGAAUGAGGCGAAGAGUGAGCCAAGAAAAGCAGUUAUGGCUCAGAAGAAGAAGGACAUCAAAGAGCAUACUGAGAGACUACGAGAGGCAUUGCAAAGGAACGAAGAGGAAAUUAAUGCUGAAACACUCGAGGAAUGGUUCAGUGUCAAUGAUGUUCUCAAGUCUUCUCUGGACCAUUCGACCUUUGCGUUUAGUAUAGCCGAAGCCGUAAAGAAAUCUUUGAAAACUUCAGCAAAUGAAGAUGACGAUGAUGUAACUCCCCUGGGGAUUCUACCACAUCAGCGUGGAAAUCCUCUUUUCUACAAGGAAUUGCUUUUACAUUAUCCCAAGGAAUGCGAACGUCUACCAGCCACAGACGGCCAACCACCAGCUAAAAGAUGCAAGUGUUAACAAUAUAACAUGUAGCUUUAUUUUUGGCCAUGUUACACUGUGUAUCUGUCCAGCAGAGGUAUACAUUUUUAUUUUUUUAUUAUUAUUAUUGUUAUUAUUUUUAUUAUUAUUAUUAUUAUUAUUAUUAUUAUUAUUAUUAUUAUUACUGUUGUUGUUGUUGUUGUUGUUUUUAUUAUUAUUAUUAUUAUUAUUAUUAUUAUUAUUAUUAUUAUUUUCAUAAUUGUUCAUCUAACUGUGAAAUAGAUUACACUAAGAUGCUCAAAAUGUAAAAAAUAAAAAAAUAAAAAAUAAAUAAAUUAUAUUUUGCACAUUACUUGAAAGAAGGUAAAAUAUUUCUCUAUGAAUCUGAUAGAAAUACAGAUUUGGAGAAUGUUGACUGAAAUGGCUGUAAAUACCAAAUUUCUUAAAAUAAAACAUCUGAUUUGA